AUGAAAGAUGCCAAGAUUACUAAGCAACCUAUAACUCAUCAAUUUCAGCAGUCAAAGAAUCAAAGUUCAAUUUCAAAGGAAGACAUUGAGUACAUGAACAAUAUACCAUAUUCUAAUGCAGUUGGGUCAAUUACGUACCUAAUGGUCUGUACUCGACCUGACUUAGCACAUGUUAUGAGUGUACUUAGUAAGUAUAUGGCUAGCCCAGGAAAAGAAUAUUGGCAGGCUAUGAAGUGGACUCUUAGAUACCUAGCAAGCACUGCUAAGGUUGGUCUGAUCUACAAAAGAAAACAUUCAAUUACAGAUUUGGAAGGAUACUGUGAUGCAGACAAUGCAGGGGACAGAGACAGCAAGAGAUCGAUUUCAGUUUAUUUCUUUCUAAUUGGAGGUAAUUGUGUAAGUUGGAAGGUUCAAAUACAACCUGUGGUUGCUCUAUCUACAACUGAAUCUGAAUACAUAGCAGUGACAGAGGUUAUUAAGGAAGCACUUUGGCUAAGAGGAUUACUAGAAGAAGUAAUUGGGUACAAGAAGACUCCUACAAUGUACUCGGACAGCCGUAGUUGUAUGCACUUGUGUAAAAAUCUUGUCUUUCAUGACAGGACCAAACAUGUGGAGAUAAAAUACCAUUUUAUAAGAGACAAGAUAACUGAAGGACAUGUUUCUAUUCUAAAGGUUCCUACAGAAGAGAACCCAGCAGAUAUGGGUACUAAGGUAGUAACUCUACACAAAUUCAAGCUUUGCAUGAAUUUGCUGGGAGUAGACUAUGGAGGAUAA